AUGUUCAAAGCACAUUGGGCCAUCUUCAUUCCCGAAAGUGGUGACAGAUCGUGCAAAAGAGGGAAGUAUAUCCAUGUCAUUGGCUCUCUCAAGGAUGGCUUCCAGUUCGAGCUUGUUCGCGGCUAUGACAUGGCCAAGACUGGCACUCGCCCAUUGCCAGCGAUCGAAAUCGGACUGGUCACUGCCGGCUUCGUUGUAGACACACCUUCCGGAGGCCAACGUGUGAAAGGGGCGAUCGGCGACCUGAAGAAUGGCCAACAGCCUUUCCGAGCUAUGGACGGUCUGGAACAGUUCUUGGCCGCUGUUGCGCCGCCAACCAAGAGUUUGAAUAGCGCUACAUCGGGUACCUCUAGAGGCAAAAAGGUCGACAUGUCUGAUUGCCAGUGGUGGACGACUCGGUGUGUUCGGGCACAUGUGGAACAAGGUCUAUUGAUCGCACCGCAACGUGGUCUGAACAAGAACAAAGAUCCGGUGGACAUCAUGUCAUCGGCUCCACGUCAUUGA